AUGGGAAACAACACUUCCAAGCCAUCGCGAAAGCCUCAACGUCGCCAACAUGGAAGAAAAGCGCAAAGUGUACAGAUUUCGGGCCCAUCUGGCGGCCUACAAAUGAUUCCAACGCCUCAGCGGGAUGGAUCCGGCCGGCCGCUUGUCCACGGAUCGUUUGAGAUGAAUCGUGAUCAGCUUCUCAUUGCUUUCCAAUACAUGGCGGAAUACCUUCACCGGCAAGGAGUCAAUUUGUGCAUAUAUGUGGCCGGUGGAGCAGUUAACACUAUUUAUCUUCGUUCUCGACACACCACCGGCGACGUCGACUUUUUUGGCGCAAAUGAUAAAAGUCGUCAUUUGAGGGACGCAUCCAAAUACGCCCAACAGCGUUCCACGUGCCAACUCGGCGCGAACUGGUUCAAUAAUUCUAUGUCACUAUUCCUGACUCGUACUAUUGAGCAAGACCUCAUAGCGGCAGCUCGACGCCAGAAUGCGGUACUCUUUAGCAAACCUGGACUGGCAGUCUAUGCCGUUCCUUGGGAGUAUGCACUCUGUGGCAAGACAGACCGCCUGACGAAAUCAGACAGGCGUCCAUACGAUACUUCCGAUGCUGUGGCUUAUCUUAGUCAAUGUAUCAAAGGAAAUAGAGGACGCGCGAUUCAAGCACAGCAGGUGGAAGCAUGGGCGCGGAAAUACAAUAAGGCUGUGUCACGCAGCGUGUUGAUAGAGAUCGACGCCGCGUAUAAAAGGAGCCACGGUGAACACGGGAUAAUGUUCUAA